CUGCACCAUCACCAUGGACGCCUAGCCAAAAGAGAGAAAAACAAGCACUGCCGGCCGCGCCCACAACUUGGCAGCAACAAAUUCUCUCCCAUUCAGUCACUUCCAACUACUUUCUUAGUCUUCAGCACUUCCAUUCUUGUCGGAGAUGGCUGCUGGCAAGGAGCUAUCAGGUGCAGUCGAGUGGAGGGAGACAAAACUUGAUGGAACAUCGGCGAAGAUAGUGCCUGAAUCUGGGCUGCUCGAGAGAGUCUGCAAGAGUUUGCAGGGCCGGGUAUCAAAAAUUUCUAGAUUUUUGGAGAAGGCUUGGAGUAUAGGCGUCUCUGAUCCGAAGAAGGUUAUCCAUUGCGUGAAAGUAGGGCUGGCUCUUUCUCUGGUGUCACUGUUCUAUUACAUGAGGCCGUUGUAUGAGGGCGUUGGCGGGAAUGCUAUGUGGGCAGUUAUGACCGUCGUGGUAGUUUUUGAAUACACAGUAGGUGCAACACUCUGCAAAUGCAUUAAUAGAGCGACUGGAACUUUACUCGCCGGAUCACUGGGCAUCGGCGUUCAUUGGGUUGCAACCCAAUCUGGGGAAAGAUUUGAGCCAAUAAUCAUCGGUCUCUCAGUUUUUCUUCUUGCCUCGGCAACUACCUUCUCGCGGUUCAUUCCCUCGAUCAAAGCCAGGUUCGAUUAUGGCGCCUUGAUCUUCAUCCUCACCUUCAGCUUGGUAUCGGUUUCAGGCUUCCGUGUGGAUCAUAAACUGUUCGAUAUGGCACACCAGAGGCUAUCGACUGUUCUCAUAGGAACCUCGAUCUGCCUUCUUAUAAGUAUGUUUUUCUGUCCAGUCUGGGCUGGCAUUGAACUCCACCUCCUCAUCCAUCGCAACAUGGAAAAACUUGCAGAUUCUUUGGACGGAUGUCUAGCCGAGUUCUUCAAGGAAAACAAUGGAAACGACAACACAGUUGAUGAACAAUCCAAUAAAAAGAUGCAGGGUUACAAGUGUACACUUAAUUCAAAGACAGCAGAGGAAUCCAUGGCCAAUUUUGCAAGAUGGGAGCCUUCACAUGGCGCCUUCAACUUUGGGCAUCCAUGGAAACAGUACCUCAAGAUCGGCGCUGCAAUGCGUGGCUGCGCUUGCUGCAUUGAGUCUCUAAGCAGUUGCAUCGACCCGGAGGUUCAGGUACCUGGGUCUGUGAAAAACAACUUCAGGGAGGUUUGCAUUAGAGUGAGUUCUCAUAGUUCCAAAGUCCUGAAAGAAUUGGUAGUGACAAUGAAAACCAUGACAAAGUCAUCCACUACAGACUUAACAGUUGGAGAAAUGAACUUUGCAGUUCAGGAGCUUCAAAAUGCUUUGAAGUCUCUACCCAUCCAGCUACUUUUUCCUACCAUAUCUGCAAAUAAUGCAACAGCAGAAACAACCACAGAACAAUUUGCCGUACCUCUUAUAAAGAUCCUUCCCCUGGCCACAGCAAUGUCUUUGCUGAUUGAAAUUGCAGCAAGAAUUGAAGGAAUUGUCGAUCAAGUUGAUGAGCUAGCAGAUUUAGCUGAAUUUAAGCCUGCAGCAGAUAACAAAUCCAAACAAGGCCAGUCUGCCAUAGAGAACAUAGACGAUGAAACCAUGAAGAUCCUUCAAAAGGUCUGAGUUUAUCAUGAAGAUGAGUUUAUUUUCCAUGAAACACUUGAAACUUUUCGGCUUGUUUCAUGAGAACUGUGAACCGUACACCGUACAAUACCACGGUCUAGUACUGGUAAAUAUGAUGAUAUCACCAGGACAUGUUGAUCAAAUGGAAAGCAGAUUACUACUUAGAACUCUCGGGACUUUUUUCGUGUAAAAAGGUUGCAUGACAACAAUGUCCACCAACUUACUUUGUGGUU